CAGGACAUGAAUCGCUUUCCAUCGCCCAUCCUCCGUGUCUCCUUCGAAGGCCCGGACGUCACCGAAGAGACCCUCUAUGACCUCCUCCGCCCCUACGGUCGCAUACAAGACCUUUCCCAGCCCUCUCCUCCAACCGUCGCAGGCGGUCUCCGUUACUCCACAGUGACCUUCAGUCGCCUGCGAUCCGCCGCGAUCGCACACAACGCCAUCCACGGCCUCGCGGUGCAGCCGUCGUCCUCGGCUUCGGCGGCGAAGACGAUCCUAAGGACGACGUACCAGGCACCGGUGCAGGCGCAUGUCGUUCGAGAUUAUGUGACGAGCCACCCGAGGAUAUUUCUGCCGGUACUGUUUUUCUUACUGGGGACGUUGACGUAUACGAUAUUCGACCCAAUCCGCGUACUCAUGGUUGAGGGCACGCUCGAGGGUUGGUUCGAUAUCAAACAAUUCCAGGCGUACCAGUGGCUUCGCAACACUGCUUUGCCGAAGUUCUCUCUUUCAGUUACGGCUGCUUCGGAAGGCGAGGCCACACGAGCUCACGCGCAAGAGGCAUGGAAGGAGCGCAAGGACGCGGAGAGCGCGCUGGAGAGCUACCUCAAAGACAUGCCAAACACUGUAGCGUUCGUCUACGGUCCUCAAGGGAGCGGGAAAACGAGUAUGAUCUCGGGCCUGCUCAAGCAGUCGGGAAGGAGGGCACUGGUAAUUGAUGUCUCCGAGCUGUCGAAAGCGACGUCCGAUGCUGCGCUGCUCUCGUCGCUCGCCCGGCAGACAGGCUACUGGCCCGUCUUCUCCGUGUUCAACUCGCUCAACAACCUCAUCGACCUCGCCAGCGUCGGGUUGAUCGGCCAGAAGGCCGGCUUCAGUACCACCCUCACCGACCAGCUGAAACAGAUCCUCGAGGUCGUGGGCACUGGGCUCGGGCGCGUCAACACCACUCACCGGAAAGAGCACGACCGCGCUGUCCAGAAUGCGCAUCUGGCUGAGCUACGUCGGGAAGAGGAGGCCCGCGUGCGUGAGCGGAUCCGCGAGGGGGCGUGGCACGACGGGCGUGUGGACUGCAUUGCAGGGAACGGCGUGAUGAGUGAACUUGGCGUGGGUGACGAGGUGUUUGACCGGAAUGACGAGGGGCUGCACGUCGUAAGUGCGCUGCAGAGGGGGGAUGGAGAGAAGGCGGAGAAGGUGGAGGAGAAAAGGGGGGAGGGGAGGGAGAGGAAGGAAGCGCAGAGGAAGGAACGGAGCGCGGGGGAUGUGGAGGCGAUCGAGGCGAUGCCUAUCGUGAUUGUGAAGGGCUUUGAGAGCAAGGGUGGAGGGGCUAGCAAAGAGGAGAUGCUGGACGUGCUGUCGCGCUGGGCAGCCAGCUUGGCUCAAAAUCAGGUUGCACACGUGAUUAUCGUGAGCGAGAACCGGGAGAAUGCGAAGAGGCUGACCAAGGCUCUUCCAUCCCAACCACUGAACGUUAUUACCCUGUCUGAUGCUGACAACUCGAGUGCACUGUCCUUCGUCAAGCAGAAGCUGCAAGACAGUGGUGUGGACGCGAGGUUCAGCAAAGAGCAGGUUUCGUACAUCCAGCGGUUAGGCGGGCGGGCCAGUGACCUCGAAAGUCUUAUCCACAAAGUCCAUAACGGCCAAAGCGUACAGGACGCCAUCGAAGACAUCGUCACCCGCGGUGUCAGUGAAAUCCGCAAGAACGCAUACGGCGAGGACCUCGAGGAUGCAAAGAACCUGCCGUGGUCACGCGAGCAGGCGUGGGCGAUGAUGAAGAAGCUGUCGCAGAAGCCGGAGAUAUCGUACCACGACGUGUUGAUGGACUUCCCUUUCAAGAACGACGAAACUGCUCUCAGGCAUAUGGAGCAUGCCGAGCUCAUCGCCAUUGGCACCGAGAAUGGUCGGCCGUCCACCAUUAAGCCUGGAAAGCCAGUGUAUAGAUAUGUCUUCGAGCGGCUUGUCCAGGACCCCGUCUUCCGUGCCACGCAAGACAUCGCCUUCAAUGAGCGGAUCAUCGCUGCCUCGGAGGGUACCGUAAAGUCGUGCGAGCAAGAGCUGCUCACGCUGAAAGAUGUCGAUGCUGGCACAGCGGACUGGAUGGGCUCGCGGACAGCUGUGAGAGAUCGGAUGAAUUACCUGCUGAAGAAGAUGAGGUUAGCAGGAGACAAGAUCGAGAUGCUGGAGAAGCAAAACGCCAACCUCAGAAAGGCGUUAUCCAAAUGAGCCUUCGUCCUGCCUGUACCCGUGUUGUGUUGUUGUAGCGUCAUGUCACUUCGUACCCUGACACCCCACCACUCUAUUCCCUUAAGACAACAUGGAUGGUAUUGCUAUCGUUCAACAUACGCCAACGCCAAUAUACUAACAGUGUGAAAUAUAAUACGCAAUGCAUAGGCCGUCAGCCCUGCGGAUGUGCCCUACCUAUCUACCUAUGGUUCUGAACAAGUUGGAUGUGCGAGCCUUCAGCCCUAUUGAGAUGU